AUGGUACAAUGGUUAAUGAUUAUUCUUGUUUAUGAUUUUGCUGUUCUUAAAUUAUCAUUAAGUGAAGUAACAUUAUCAUUACGUUUACUUCAUUAUAAAAAUCCAAAUGGUUUAACAUAUGAAAAUCGUCCAUGUGAUACAAGACUUGAACAUGAUAUCAAUCGAGAUGGUCGAUGUGAUACAGCAUUUUUAUUUUGUCUUGUACGUUUACCAUUUCAAAAUCCACAUAAUUGUACAUUAGGUGAUCAUUAUACGGGUGUUGUUGGUGCUAAUGAUAUACAUUUUAUUGAUCUUGAUCAACAACAACAAGAUAAAUUAGAUACACAACAACGAUCAUUAUCACUUGUUUCAAUUUGGUUUCAAUCAACAAUUUAUUUUCGUUUUAAUUAUCCAAAAACGGGUAUUGGUAUAAUUGUAGAAGUAUUUGAUGUUGAUGAUAUUAAUAAUCGUACAAUACAUGAUUCAAUUGAUUUUUAUGGAAGAACAUUAGCUGAUCUUAAAAUUUAUCGAUCAGAAGAAACAGCACAAAAACAAAGAAUUUAUUUACGUAGUUUAUUUGGUACUUAUACAAAUUUAACAGCAGAUCUUUCGCUUUAUUGUUCACCAAAUUAUUAUGGAAAUUUUUGUGAAAUACUCUGUGUACCAAAUGAACAACGUUAUGAUUGUGAUUUGGAUACUGGACAAAAAAUUUGUAAACAUGGAUAUUUUGGACAAGAUUGUCUUAGUGAUGUUCGUGCUUGUGAAGAUCAACCAUGUUUAAAUAAUGGUACAUGUGUAGUGUAUCUUCGAAGUUAUUUAUGUCGAUGUCAAAAAGGAUAUACAGGACGAUCUUGUGAAAUUGGUCCAGCAGGAAGAAUGACUGAAAAGAAGUGUAAUCAAAUGAAUUGUGUUCAUGGUGAUUGUUCAAAAAAUGGAAAAUGUAUUUGUCAUGAUGGUUGGACAUCGGAAAAUUGCAAUCAAACUUCGAUAAUGAAAGAAUCUGGUUGUGUAAGUCGUCCAUGUCUACAUAAUUCAACAUGUGAAACAUUAAUUGGUGUUAAUCCACCAUCAGCUUAUCGUUGUCAUUGUCGAUCAGGUUAUACUGGUCGUAAUUGUGAAGUUGCAAUUGUUAUUUCAUGUGAACGAACACCAUGUAUUCAUGGUCAAUGUUUUAAAAUUGAUUUAUAUACAGAAAUUUGUGUAUGUGAAAAAAAUUGGAGUGGAAUUGAUUGUUCUGAAAUUGUAUCAACUUCAUCAACAACUAAAAAAUCUCAUCCUAUAACAACAUUAACAUCAGCAAAAUUUAUUCAAACAACAAUAAAACCAAUGAAAAUAAUUAAAAAUAAUACGAAUAUAUCUUUAAAAAAUGAUCUACGUAAUUAUCUUGAUUGGUUAAAUACAAAUUAUGGUAUAACAAAAACAACAAAAAUAUUUCAACAAUCUCUUACAACACCAUUAAUAUCUCAUAAAUAUAAAUAUACACCAUGUUUAAGUGCACCAUGUCUUCAUAAUUCAACUUGUAUUGUUAAAUCUCAAUAUGGUUUUCAAUGUAUUUGUCUACCAUCAUUUAUUGGAACUUAUUGUGAAAUUGAACAAAAUCCAUGUGAAAGUUCACCAUGUCAACAUCAAAGUGUUUGCGUAACACAAUCUAAUCGAACAAUUCAUUGUAUUUGUCGACCACAUUACACUGGCAAAUUUUGUGAAUAUCCAGUACCUUUUCCAUUAUUACCGUUCAAUCAAAAAUGUGCUCGAAAUUGUCGUAAUGGAGGUAUUUGUUUGAUUGAUGAAUCUAAUCGUGAACAAUGUGUUUGUAAAUCAUCUUAUACUGGAUUAUAUUGUGAAUUAAGUAAAAAUGAUUGUUCGACUAGUAAUGAUCCUUUAUGUAAUUUUGAUCCAUGCUUAUCAAAUCCAUGUUUAUCAAAUGGUACAUGUCAUUCAUUAUUAUCUACAAAAAAUUAUACAUGUACAUGUCUUGAACAAUAUACAGGUGAACGAUGUGAAUCAGAAAUAAAUUCUGAUUCAUCAAUAUCUCUAUCACGUGAUACUAAUUUAAAUUCAGAUGAAAAUAAUACAGCUGAUCUUUGGCCAUUAGCUAUUGUAUUUGGUUAUAUAUUUUCUUUAAUGUUAGUUUUUAUAAUCAUUUGGUUUUUAUGGUAUGGUUUAACAAUACGACCACAAUCCUAUGUUCCAUAUGGAGAACGUGUUAGUGAUCGUUAUCAACCAUAUCGUUUAGGUGUUAGUAAUCCACUUUUUUUUACAAAUCAAGACUAUAAUACACCAAUAUCAAAAACAUGGUCAACACCAGCAACAACAAUAUCAAAUCUUGAUCAAUGGACACGAACAAUAACUCGUUAA